AUGGCAUCCGCCUUACGGCCUUAAUGGAUACGAUCAUUAACACAUCCAAAAAAGUAGACGCACAACCGAAGUGGCGUUCAUUGCUUCGGGUGGAAUUUUUGAGGAUAGAAUUUUAAUAAAUUUUGAUGUUGGUUUUGCGGAGAAGUUGUAUUUAGUGAAAUUUAAUGAUAGUGACUGGUACAAAUUAGACGAAUCGUUCAAAAAUGGCGGUGAAUUCAACGUAUAUGAUCACUUUCGGGAUAGUGUUUAUCGUCGUCGCUGUACAAAUGGCCUACAGCAUCAAAUGUUGGGAAUGUCGUUCAGAUUCCGAUCCAAAAUGCGCCGAUCCUUUCGACAACAGUACACUUUCGAUCACAGACUGCAGGCAAGUUGAGUCAAAGGAACAUCUACCGGGUGUAAGGGCAACGAUGUGCCGCAAAAUUCGUCAGAAAGUUCACGGAGAAUGGCGCUACUUCCGCAGUUGUGCCUUCAUGGGUGAACCCGGUAUCGGGGGUGACGAACGGUUCUGUGUGAUGCGAAGCGGAACUUACAACAUCUUCAUGGAGUAUUGCACCUGCAACAGCAAGGACGGUUGCAACAGUGCACCUCAGUUUGCCCCGAAACAGUGGAGUUUGGCGAUUCUUACGGUGCUGAGUAUUAUGUUAUAUCGCCUGUUCUAGCUCGUAGGCUCCUCUUAGGUCAGUUUAGCACGUUUUUGAGCUACAGAAUCCUUCCAUAAGUAAGUUCUUCCCGACACUAUGGUUAAGAAUCUAAUUGGUCAUUCCACGAAUCAACCGCCAUUUUUUCGGUAAUUGUUAUUGUAGGCUUUCAAGGUAUGAAAAAUGACAAGGCCAUCUCAAAAGUCACCAUUCCGUCCAAACGUGAACUUAAGAAAUUUUAUACAUUUUAAAAUCUAACUCGAAUAAGACUAUUGCGAAAGUAGUAUGAUAAGGUUCAGUAGCAGCAAGUGUUAUUAAUAUGAAAAGUAUUGUGCAUUUAUUCUCUGAAGUGCCUAAUAAAUCGAUUAUUUCUUAA